AUGUCAGACCCGCUCUCUGUGGCUGGGAGCGCCGUUGGCAUUAUCUCCCUUGGGAUUCAAGUGUCCCAAGGGCUAUACAACUACAUCAACUCUGUGCGGGGCCGCGACAAGGACCUCGACACAGCCUCGACCCAAGUCAGCCAUCUUCUACGGACGUAUCAGGCCCUGAGCGAUUUGAUUCCGAAAAUCCAGUCGCUUCCCGACCCCGACACUGAGGUGAUCGAGACACUGCGACAAUGCCUGCAAGAGAGCGAACGAGGUGUUGAGGAACUUCGAGUGCUGCUGGAGUCGCUCCAAAAUGUGGUGGCAAGCGACUUGAAGGGCAAGAUGAAGAAUACCGGGCGAUUGCUGGGUUUUGGUCUACGCCGGGAAGACUUGACCCAAAUGCAAGACAACGUGCUUCGUCUUACGGAGACGACAGAGCUUGCUCUCCAGGUCAUCAAUACGAACCUGGGAAUUUCCCACACCCAAGAAUUGGCCAAACUUGGAGAAUCCAUGGAUUCACAGUUCACGGCAACACACCAGAGAUUGCAACAUCUGGAGCUGAAGACCGAAGAAUGUGGGAUGCAUUUGAGAAGCACGGAGAGUAUUGUCGAAACAACUUCUGAUACGGUAAUAACGGCCGUUCGCUCAGCAAAACAAGAAACCAGCGCCGACAUGCAAGCUAUGUUUGAAGCACUCACAAGCCUUAUAAUUACUCAGCAUGAGCAAUCCCAGAGCCAACUUGCAGAUAUUGAAACUCACCAGCGAAAACUCUCUCAGACUGGAGCUCGAUUACUUCAGAAGCCGGCUGCUUUGCGAGACCUUUGUGACACUGCUGGUUACGAUCAUUCAGAGCUGGUCGGAAGACUGCAAUUCGAACAACAAGGCCCUAUGUCGUCUCUAUGUACUUGUGAUCUUCGCCAAAGGGAGACUAGAACCUCUGCGGAGAGGAAGAUUUUCUUGGGAGUCAUCGUCUAUAAUCAGCAGCACGAAUCGUUCAAACACUCCGCAAAGUGUGUGUUCCACAAAACACAGAAACGCCAAGAUUACGGAGCCCGGUUCAGAGUUUCUUUCCACCACACUCUCUCUUUCUUAGUGGACCUAAGUCUAUCUUCUACAUCUGGAGCCGGCGGCUGCUCGAUUGCCCCCCAGUUUCGUUACAAGCAGAUGGUACAAAGGAGUCCUGCCUCCGACCUGAUCAGGAGCCUUUUCCGGACCUUUCGGCCACACUCAGCAUCGAAUGAAAUUGAGGACUGUGACAAGCAUUUCGCUCUGACAGAGCGGAAACUAUUGAGACUUUUUCAGGAUGGUAAAGUUUCACCUUGCGACAUGAACUCAAGAGGAACUCUUCUCCAUGAAGCCGUGCUAUUCGGAGUCAUAUCGAUUGACAAGGCGCUGCAAAUGGAUCUGCUAUCUAAAGUCGUCAAGACCCUGAUUCGUGUGGGCGUUCCCUGUGGCGAGCCGGACAAUAUGGGAAGGAACGCGCUUUCAAUCUUCACAUCAAUGUUACGAUAUAAAAGACUUAAUCGGGGACGAGAUCUUGAAAAAGCACGCACAAUUGCUGCUGAUAUCGCCCAAUCACAUGAUUCCUUACCCUUCUUCAACCCCACUCGUUCGGAC